CCGGACGCUCAGUGAAAAGUUUUAAACAUGGACUCGGAGUAUGUAAAAAGGCACCUGGGUAAAUGUCUGGUAGACGGACUGGCUGAGGUGGCCGAGCAGCGUCCAGUUAACCCGAUCUUGUACCUGGCCCACUGGCUCUACAAAUACAACGAAAAUGUGGAGUAUGAGACACAGAAAAAGGCUGAUUUGGCUCUCCUGGAGGAAGAGCAUGCAAAAGCCAGAGAGGAAGCAGUAAACGAGGAGAAGCUGAGAGAGGUGGAGCAGGAGAAAGCCAGAGAGGAGGCGUUACACCAGGAGAAGCUGAGAGAGGAGGAGCAGGAGAAAGCCAGAGUGGAGGUGUUAAACGAGGAGAAGCUGAGAGAGGAGGAGCAGGAGAAAGCCAGAAAGGAGGUGUUACACGAGGAAGAGCAGGAGAAAGCCAGAGAGGAGGUGUUACACGAGGAGGAGCAGGAGAAAGCCAGAGAGGAGGUGUUACACGAGGAGGAGCAGGAGAAAGCCAGAGAGGAGGUGUUACACGAGGAGAAUCUGAGAGAGGAGGAGCAAAAGAUCACUGAGGCCUUGGAAGAGUCUAGAAAUAUCACCGAGCAGGAGCCUUUAAAGUCUAAGACAUCCACAACAGCCCCAAAAGAAGCUGAAGAAGACAACAAACCCGCAACAGAAGAGAAAAAAGGCACACCUGACCAGGAAAUCAAUCAGGACGCAGAAGAACUCAAAACUGAAGAUCAGGAGAGCAACACAGAAGAACAAAAACCCAAAGAUAGGGUGAGUGACACAAAAAAACAAAAACCCAAAGACAAGGAGAGUGACACAGAAGGAAAAAGUGAAGAUCAGGAGGGUGGUACAGAAGAGCGAAAACCCAAAGAUCAGGAGGGUGGUACAGAAGAACAAAAACCCAAAGAUCAGGAGGGUGGUACAGAAGAACAAAAACCCAAAGAUCAAGAGAGCGACACAGAAGAGCGAAAACCCAAAGAUAAGGAGAGUGACACAGAAGAACAAAAAAGGGAAGCCCAGGACAGUGACGAGAAACCAGAGGUGGAUGUUACAGAGGAAAUAACCAAACUAGAGUCCCCGGAGGUGAAACCUCUGAAGGCCAGCAGCUCUUCUCUCUCUGAGGUGAAAGAGGAGUCUUCAGAACAGCCUGAUGAAAAACCUGAUGUGGUACUGAGGAGUGACGAAGCAGAAGAAAAAACAGAGGUUGAGCCAGAAAAGGAUAAAGAAGAGGGGAGAGAGAGCAGUGAAGAGAAGGAGGAUAACCAAGAGGAGGGCAAGGCAGAUGAUCAAGCUAACACUGAAUCUGAGCAGACUGAAAUGCCAGACCCGACUCCAAAUCAAGAUGCCGAAGACUUAAAAACAGAUGACAAAACCCAAGAGCAACAAGACAAACAAACCCCUCAUACUCCCCACUCUGAACACACUGAGAAGGAGACAGACGAUCGACUCACAAGCAAGGACGCUGAUAGCUCGGCUGCAGCUGACAGUGACGUAACUGCAGAGGAGCGUGAGAAGCCUGUGGCUCCACAAGAUGAGAAAUCUCCUGAUGUGGAGGACGUCUAGCUGAAGGAGGAAGACGGCCAUAUCUGAAGAUGUGACUGCUGUUUGAUGAUCGAAUCACUCAAAAUAAAUGUGAAACUAUUCCAGAACUUGCAUAUAGUUUGGUGGAUAUACUGUAUGUCUGAAAAUGUGCAGCUUUUGUCAAUAGAUUUUUUCCUAUAUCUUUAUUUAUGUCAUUGUAUUGUUUUCUUUAAUCCUGCUUAGUUUUACCUUGUGCUGUCAGUUUCUGAUUUUAUUUUCCAGUUGCCUUCCUCUGUGUAGCUGGUUGGGCUGCAUGCCUUU